AGCCUAUAUACCUAUACUUCACUUCUGGAUAUACACUAAACUUCCUUCAUUCCUUCACAAAUCACACACACAACCAUUCACAAUGAUCGACAAAUCCGCCAUCAUCGUCUUCGUCAUCCUGGGCUGCGUGGUCUCCGUCCUCAUCGGAUACUCCAUCCACUCUGUCGCCACGGGCGGGUUCCGCAACGACGAGCAGGAACGAGAAUUCUCCCACGAACAGCGCUCCUACAUGCGGGAGUUGCGCCUCCGCGACAUCAACUGGAUGGCACGCGACAAUGGCCUGCGAUACAACCCGGAGCCGCCCCGCGAUCUGGAGAAGCAGUGACACAUAAUGGUUGCUUAGAGCGUUUGGUGCAUUUUCGGAGUUCAGCAUUCAGGUGUUUGGUUUUUUGGGUUGGGGUGCAGUGGGAGUUGUGUCGUCUGCAAGAUGUUUCUGUUUUGGGAUGAGUGUAUUAUAGUUUAUUGGAUAUAUGAUUGUG